GGGUGUAGCAGUUCCUAAAACCAGCAGUCCUGGAGGGCCUUUUCCUGGAGGCUGCUGAAGCAGGGUGAAUGCUGGAUGUGUACCCAAAAAGGUCAUGUGGAACACAGCAGUCCACUCUGAGUUCAUACACGAUCACGCUGAUUAUGGCUUUCAGAGUUGUGAGAGUAAAUUCAAUUGGCGUGUAAUAAAGGAGAAGCGGGAUGCCUACGUGAGCCGCCUGAACACCGUCUAUCAAAACAAUCUCACCAGGUCCAAUAUAGAAAUCAUCCAUGGCUAUGCAACAUUCACGAGUGAUCCCCAGCCCACAGUAGAGGUCAAUGGGAAAAAAUACACUGCUCCUCACAUCCUGAUUGCCACAGGGGGUGUGCCCUCACUUCCUCUGGAGAGCCAGAUUCCCGGUGCAAGCCUAGGCAUCACCAGUGAUGGGUUCUUUCAGCUCGAAGAAUUGCCGAGGCGCAGUGUCAUCGUGGGUGCGGGUUACAUUGCUGUGGAGAUAGCUGGGAUCUUCUCUGCCCUGGGCUGUAAGACAAUGCUAAUGAUACGGCAUGAUAAGGUACUGAGAAAUUUUGAUUCACUAAUCAGUUCCAAUUGCACUGAAGAGCUGGAGAAUGCCGGUGUGGAGGUCCUGAAGUACUCACAGGUCAAGGAAGUUAAAAAGACUUCUACGGGCUUGGAACUCAGCGUGGUUACUGCAAUUCCUGGUAGGAAACCCACCUUGACCUCAAUUUUGGACGUUGACUGCCUGCUCUGGGCCAUUGGACGGCACCCAAAUUCCAAGGGUCUGAAUUUAGACAGGCUGGGAAUUCAAACUGACGAGAAAGGUCAUAUCAUAGUAGAUAAAUUCCAGAACACCAGUGUCAAAGGCAUCUACGCAGUUGGGGAUGUGUGUGGAAAAGCUCUUCUGACUCCAGUUGCAAUAGCUGCUGGCCGAAAACUUGCCCACAGACUUUUCGAAUGCAAAGAAGAUUCCAAAUUAGACUAUGACAACAUCCCCACUGUGGUCUUCAGUCACCCUCCUAUUGGGACAGUGGGGCUUACAGAAGAUGAGGCCAUUCAUAAAUUCGGAAAAGACAAUGUGAAGAUCUAUUCAACUGCCUUCACCCCAAUGUACCAUGCAGUCACCACAAGGAAAACGAAAUGUGUGAUGAAAAUGAUUUGUGCCAACAGAGAGGAAAAGGUGGUCGGGAUCCAUAUGCAGGGAAUUGGAUGCGAUGAAAUGCUGCAGGGUUUUGCUGUUGCAGUAAAAAUGGGAGCAACUAAGGCCGACUUUGAUAACACAGUGGCCAUUCACCCUACCUCUUCAGAAGAGCUGGUCACACUCCGUUGAGAGCCUAGAGACUUGUACAGUUGGCGUUUGGACCAGGACACCUUCUGAAAUGAACCAAACUAUUAUGUUUACUUCCUGUUCUCAUUUUAUAUAUUUCCUUAUUUUAAUCAGGAUCUUCCAACAGUGGAGAUUUUUGGUAAAGAAUAGAACUUAUUUAUGUAAUCAGAAAUGUAUUGUUUUAAUCCAGGGUUGAUUUUUAUUUGAUCAUAUAUCAUGACAAUUAAUGUUUGAAAGUUUUUAACAGCUGUCUGCCAGUUCUUUUUUUUGUUGUUUUAGCCUCAUCCCAAGUAUAAAACUAUAUGAAGUACAAUGAAGUCAAUGUACUGGAGUGAAAUAGCAUGUUAGUUUUUAUCAAGGUAGAUGGGGAUGGUUCUUCAUACUUAAA